AUGUUGGGUUCUGUCCUGUGAAGCUGGGCAUGAUGUCCAACCGGCUGCAGAGCGGCAUGAACUCCCUGCAGGGCUUCAGGGAGGACAAGAGGAACCGGAUCACUCCAGUGUCCUACGUCAACUACGGGCCGUACACCUCCUACGCUCCGACCUACGACUCCAGCUUCUCCAACAUCAGCAAAGACGACUCGGACCUGAUCUGCUCGCUGUUCGGAGAGGAGGCCGGCCCUCAGGGUCCAGACAGCAGUUUGAAAGACUUCCUGGCCAAAUCAGACGAGUACGUUUACAAAAUGGCUGACAAUGUUCUGGAUGCGCUGACCAACGGAGAGCAUUCAAAAUCCCUGAAGGAGAAUCAA